CUUAUCGAUAUAUUGUGAAUUGUGAAGGAGACGACGCGAACGAAAAAUCUAAAGGAAAUUGCAAAUUGCUUGAAUUUAAAUAUAUUUGCGUGUGUUUUAAAUACAUUAGCAAUAUGACGGAGGAGUGGCAGAGCCAGAACUUUCGACAGAAUGUCAUUUCCAAGAUCCACGAUAUGUUGCCCCAAAGCGGACCCGAGCCGAACAAGAAUGCCAGCAUGAUGGAGAAUCACAUAUUCCGCAAGUCACGCACUAAGGAUGAGUAUUUGGGACUGGUGGCCAAACUCUUUAUGCACUACAAGGACAUGUCUCAGCGCAAGUCACAAGCGCAGCAGCAACAACAACAGCAACAACAGCAGCAGCUGCAACAGCAACAACAACCAGCAGCGCCAAAUGCGGAAAUGGGACAACAGAAUGUGAAUGUGAUGCAAGAUCCAUUGAAUGCACUGCAGAAUUUGGCCACGCAGGGCAAUCGAAAUCCACAAUUGAUGGCCAUGUCAGGUGCGCCGGGUCCAAAUCAAAUGAGCGGACCCGGCGGUGCGGGUACCGCUUCCAAUUUGCUGCAGACACUGAACCAACAGCGUCCGGGUCAGCAGCAAAUGCCGCCCAACAUGGCCAAUAUACGUCCUGGCCAAUUGCCCAUGGUGGCUGGCGGCGCACAACAACAACAGAUGCAGGUGCAGGUCCAGCAAAUGGGAGGAGGUGGCAACAAUGGACCCGGUUCCGGAGCCGGUCCCGGCGCUGUUAAUCCAGGCAUGCAGCUGAAUGCAAUGGGACCCGGUGCCGGUGCACCCGGACAAGGACAGAUUGUGGGCAAUGCCGGCGGCAUACCCAAUCAAAUGGUGGGUCCAGGACCCAACAGCGGUCCCGCUGGCGUUGCAGCUGGCGGCAUGCCUGGACAAAUGCCGUCCAUGGUGCUCGGCAUGAAUCCAAUGUUGCGACUUAAUCAAGGCAUGCAGGGAAUGCCAACAAAUAUACAGCAACAACAGCAGCAGCAGCAGCAACAACAACACAACAACGUUGUGGGCGGACCAGCGGGUCAGCAGCAAGUGGGCGGUCCAGGAGGAGGAGGAGCUGGACUGCCACCGAAUGCGGUGCAACAGGGCGGGGCAAUGAAUCCCAUGGCUGGCAUGAAUGUCAACAUGCCUCCGAAUAUGCAGCAGAAACCAAAUAUGGCCAUGGGACAAUCUGGCCAAAUGUUUGCUGGCAAUCGUGGAGGCGUUGUUGGCGCACAACAACAACAGCAGCAGCCUUUUAUGCGUUCAAGUCCAUCGCCAGCGGAUGCCCAGCAAUUGCAGCAGCAGCAGCAGCAACAACAAUUGCAACAAAUGCAACAACAGCAGCAGCAACAACAACAAUUGGUGGGCAAUCAGACGCCAACACAACAACCGCCAACACCACAAAUGCCAACACCACAGAUGAUUCCAAGUCCAGCAUUGGUGCCACAAUCGAGUCCCCAAAUGCAGAUGAUGCAGAAUCCACAGCGCAACAUUCGCCAGCAAUCGCCAAGUGGGUCCAUCAAUACACCUGGCCAGGUCACUGGCAACAGUCCAUUCAAUCCCCAGGAGGAGGCAUUGUACCGAGAGAAGUACAAGCAGUUGACCAAAUACAUUGAGCCACUGAAGCGCAUGCUGGGCAAGAUCAGCAACGAUGGCACCAAUGUCGAGAAGAUGACCAAGAUGAGCAAGCUGCUGGAAAUUCUCUGUAAUCCGGCGCAGCGUGUGCAGCUCGACACAUUGCUCAAGUGUGAGAAGGCGCUGGAGAAGAUGGAUCUGUUUUCCUACUCCGGUCAGCAGUUUGGUAAAUCCUCGAAUCCACUGCUGGAAGUGAUUAAUACGACACUGCAGAGUCCUUUGGCCAAUCACACGCUGCAUCGCACAUUUCGUCCCAGUUUGGAGCUGCUCUUUGGCACCGAUAUCUGUGCUCCAGUGCCCGCGAAGAAGCCGCGUCUCGAGGAGAAGUCCUCGUCGCCCUUUGACCAGGAUGUGCCGUAUGUACUGCAAGGCGAGAUUGCGCGACUUGACACCAAGUUCAAGGUUAAACUGGAUACCACGGCCCAGAACAACAACAAGACCAUCAAAUUGAUCUGCUGCCUGGAUGACAAACGUCUGCCCAGUGUGCCGCCAAUGAAUGUUAGCAUUCCCGAGGAGUAUCCAUGGCAAUCGCCAGACUGCUCCCUCACCGAACAGGAAUACUCGGCGACGCCGUUCCUGCACACAGUGCAACAAGCGCUCGUCGCUCGCAUGUCCAAGCUGCCCAAGAACUUUUCACUCUCGCACCUGCUCGACACCUGGGAAAUGGCCGUGCGUCAAGCCUGUUCACCCCAAUCCAAGCCCAGAGCCAUCUGUGAGCUGAGUGCAUUGUUGGGAGUGUAAAUCGUGAAUCAGGAAUAAACAGAAUUCUAACGGAGCACACAUUUAUUGAAAUCAAUACGAAAUCGUUCUAUUAGAGCUUAUAAGAAUCAUUAUUAGAGAUAUGUUCCAAAACUAUAACAGCCAAUACCCGAAAUUUUAUCUGACAAUGUAAAACAAUUAAGAUGAAUUAAAAUAAAAUGAAUAAUUCUCAUAACA